CGCGCGCCCCUCCCCCUUCCCCGGCGCUCGCUUUCUGUCAGCCGCUGUCCCUGUCCCCCUCGCCCGCGUCUGGCUUCCUCUAGCACCUGAGCGCACGCACCUGCCUGACCCGCGUCCUUUUCCUCCCCCCCGCCUCCCUCCCGCCUUUCCCUUCGGGCCUGAAGGCUCUGCGGGGUCGCGGGCGCCUCGCGGCUGCGUCACCGCCGCCCCCCAGACAAGAUGGACACCGCCGAGGAAGACAUAUGUAGAGUGUGUCGGUCAGAAGGAACUCCCGAAAAACCUCUUUAUCAUCCUUGUGUAUGUACUGGCAGUAUUAAGUUUAUUCAUCAAGAAUGCUUAGUUCAGUGGUUGAAACACAGUCGGAAAGAAUACUGUGAAUUAUGCAAGCACAGAUUUGCUUUCACACCAAUUUAUUCUCCAGAUAUGCCUUCACGGCUACCAAUCCAAGACAUAUUUGCUGGACUGGUUACAAGUAUUGGCACUGCAAUACGAUACUGGUUUCAUUACACACUUGUUGCCUUUGCAUGGUUGGGAGUUGUUCCACUUACAGCAUGCCGCAUCUACAAGUGCUUGUUUACUGGCUCUGUGAGCUCACUACUGACACUGCCACUAGACAUGCUGUCAACGGAAAACUUGUUGGCAGAUUGCUUGCAGGGCUGUUUUGUGGUGACAUGCACACUUUGUGCAUUCAUCAGCCUGGUGUGGUUACGAGAGCAGAUAGUCCAUGGGGGAGCACCAAUUUGGCUUGAGCAUGCUGCUCCACCCUUCAAUGCUGCUGGACACCACCAAAAUGAGGCUCCUGUAGGAGGAAAUGGUGCAGAAAACGCUGCUGCUGAUCAACCAGCUAACCCAGCAGGUGAGAAUGCAGUUCUGGGCGAGAACCCUGAUGCCCAGGAUGGUCAAGCAGAAGAGGAAGAGGAAGACAAUGAGGAGGAAGAUGAUGCAGGUGUGGAAGAUGUUGCUGAUGCCAACAAUGGGGCCCAAGACGACAUGAACUGGAAUGCUUUAGAAUGGGACCGGGCUGCAGAGGAGCUUACUUGGGAAAGAAUGCUUGGACUUGAUGGAUCACUAGUUUUUCUGGAGCACGUGUUCUGGGUGGUGUCUUUAAAUACGUUGUUCAUUCUUGUUUUUGCAUUUUGUCCUUACCACAUCGGUCAUUUCUCCCUUGUUGGUUUGGGGUUUGAGGAGCAUGUCCAAGCAUCUCAUUUUGAAGGUCUCAUCACAACAAUUGUUGGAUAUAUACUUUUAGCAAUAACACUGAUAAUUUGUCAUGCCUUGGCUACGCUUGUUAAAUUUCAUAGGUCUCGUCGUUUGCUGGGAGUCUGCUAUAUUGUGGUUAAGGUCUCUUUGUUAGUUGUGGUAGAAAUUGGAGUGUUUCCUCUCAUUUGUGGCUGGUGGCUGGAUAUUUGUUCUCUGGAAAUGUUUGAUGCUACUCUGAAAGAUCGAGAACUGAGCUUUCAGUCGGCUCCAGGGACUACGAUGUUUCUGCACUGGCUGGUGGGAAUGGUGUAUGUGUUUUACUUUGCCUCCUUCAUCCUGUUACUAAGAGAGGUACUUCGGCCUGGUGUCUUAUGGUUUCUAAGGAAUUUGAAUGAUCCAGAUUUUAAUCCAGUACAGGAAAUGAUCCACUUGCCCAUCUAUAGACAUCUCCGAAGAUUUAUUUUGUCAGUGAUUGUGUUUGGCUCCAUUGUGCUUCUGAUGCUCUGGCUUCCUAUACGUAUAAUUAAGAGUCUUUUGCCUAAUUUUCUCCCCUACAAUGUCAUGCUCUACAGUGAUGCCCCGGUGAGUGAACUGUCCCUUGAGCUGCUCCUGCUGCAGGUUGUCUUGCCAGCUUUGCUGGAACAGGGACACACGAGGCAGUGGCUGAAGGGGCUAGUGCGUGCAUGGACUGUUACUGCUGGAUACUUGCUGGACCUUCAUUCUUACUUACUGGGAGACCAGGAAGAAAAUGAGAACAGUGCAAACCAGCAGGUCAACAAUAACCAGCCUGCGCGCAACAACAACGCUGUUCCUGCUGGGGAGGGCCUGCAUGCAGCCCACCAAGCCAUACUGCAGCAGGGAGGCCCUGUCGGCUUUCAGCCUUACCGCCGGCCUUUAAAUUUCCCACUCAGGAUAUUUCUGCUGAUUGUCUUCAUGUGCAUAACAUUACUAAUAGCCAGCCUCAUCUGCCUUACUUUACCAGCCUUUCUUUUUUCAGUAUUUGCUGGCCGUUGGUUAAUGUCAUUUUGGACGGGGACCGCCAAGAUCCAUGAGCUGUACACUGCUGCUUGUGGUCUCUAUGUGUGUUGGCUAACCAUAAGGGCGGUGACCGUGCUGGUGGCCUGGAUGCCACAGGGACGCAGAGUGAUUUUCCAGAAGGUUAAAGAGUGGUCUCUCAUGAUAGUGAAGACUUUGAUAGUUGCUGUGCUGCUGGCCGGGGUUGUCCCACUGCUCCUGGGGCUUCUAUUUGAGCUGGUUAUCGUUGCUCCUCUGAGGGUCCCUCUUGACCAGACUCCUCUUUUCUACCCUUGGCAGGACUGGGCACUGGGAGUGCUGCAUGCCAAAAUUAUCGCAGCUAUAACUCUUAUGGGCCCUCAGUGGUGGUUGAAAACUGUCAUUGAACAGGUUUACGCAAAUGGCAUCCGUAACAUCGACCUUCACUAUAUCAUUCGUAAGCUGGCAGCCCCAGUGAUCUCUGUGCUCUUGCUUUCCCUGUGUGUACCAUAUGUCAUAGCUUCUGGCGUGGUUCCUUUACUAGGUGUUACUGCAGAAAUGCAGAACUUAGUCCACCGGCGGAUUUACCCAUUUUUACUGAUGGUCGUUGUGCUGAUGGGAAUCCUGUCCUUCCAGGUCCGCCAGUUUAAGCGCCUUUAUGAACACAUUAAAAAUGACAAGUACCUUGUGGGACAACGCCUGGUGAACUAUGAGCGCAAAUCUGGCAAGCAAGGCCCAUCCACGCCACCUCCACAGUCGUCCCAAGAAUAAAGUGCUUGUGUCAACUCCUUGACCUUCUCCUUGCCUUUCCUUGUCCUUUUUUGUGGACUUCUCACUUUGGAGACUCUCCCUGUGAUCUCAGCGUUGUUUAAGUUAAAUGUACUCCACUUGUGUCCUCAGCGUUCAGAGCAGCACAUCCGGCACUGCUGCUCCUGCCUGCAUCUGCCGACAUCACUGCUGUCUGAGAUCUGUACAUGUGUAAAUAGGAGUUCCUUGAUGCCCUGAAACCUUGGAUUAAACAGAAUGUGCAUUGUACAUCUUUAACAAAUGUAUAUUAAUUUAUUAAAUCUAGUUGUCACUUUAUUUUGGACCUGCUGUGAUCUCAACAGGAAAUGUGCCACAGAGCAGUAGUGCAUAGGCAAGACUUUGAGUGACAUCUUUUGGAGCACACUUCUUGGUGUUGCCAGCAGUUCUCAUGAGGUAACUGAGUCUUGUUCUUGGCUGGUCAGUCCUUACCAGGAGCCAAAUGAGCAGUGGAGUCUGUGGUAAGGGACGUGGACAGAGUGCCUCACAGACAGUUGUCUUUGGAAGUUAUUCCACGUAACACCAAAGCUGUUGUACAUUUUCUACUGCCUGAUUGUUUUCAUGUGUCUUUGUUUGUAAUAUUGUAUAGUAUGUUGUGCUAGAUGAGGAAAUUAUUUUUAAUUUUGAUAAUUUAAUAUUCCUAGUGAUCAGCAUUGGGAGUUGGGGUUUUUUUCUGCUUGUUAGGGGCAUGUCUAUACCUAGAAAGAUAAACUACAAAUGAAGAUUUUUCUUAAUCUCCUCCCCACCAUACAGUUGUUUCUUGUCAGCAGUGGCCAAAAGUGUCAUGCCAGAUGAGAGAUCUUAGAGGGUAACAUCACCAACAGUACCAGUUGUGACGGGCCAAGGGUUAGGCUGUAGUGUGGGGCUGACUGCGUCAGGGAGGAUGACUAGAACACCCUGCCAUGCUGGCAGCACAACAGCCGAUGCUCAGUGAAUACACCAGUACAUCCCAGUUUCCAAAGCUCUUUGUUUACAAUAAACUGCAAGUAAAACCAAGUUUUAUUUGUUUGAAAGGAAGCAGACUGAGUUGGCCUUCACUGUAGGAAAGAGUUGCACUGGGGAAGUGCUAUGCUAUCUUAAAGAACUGAAUACUCAGAAGCCUGGUUCCUUAGCCAAAGCUUCACGUGUGAAGUUUUAAGAGAUGGUUGUACACCAUCCAAGUAUUUAAUGUAAAGGUGUAUUGUAAGGGUAGUGUUAGAAGCUGUCCGAGACUGUAAGGAAUUCCAUGGAGUAUUAAACCCAUAGGUGGAAAGGUGGUCUGAGGUGUUUGUUUGUUUUUCUUGGUUUUUUGGGUUUUUUUUAUUUUUAAUUUGUCUUUUUUAAAUUCACUAAGUGAUAAGCAAAUACUUUGCUUUAAAGCAGCAUUAUAUUAAAUUAAAAAAAAAAAAACAGUGACAAUAUUUGCCACAGGAUCCAGUGUUAGCAUUUUUGUCACUUUGUAACAGCUCUUUCCCCUGUGUGUAAAGUAACUUCUUCUAGCAAACCCACCUUCACUCAGAUGUGGUCCUACUUGGAAGAAUUAGAAUUUUAAAAUUAAUGCCACCUGUCAUGAGGUUUUUCUAUGAAAACCUCAUCUUUUGAGGAGAAAGAUGUUGGUGAAUUGGGCAUAUAAUAUUAUUUAGCUUUAAUUUUUAAAGAAUUUAUGGAUCUACCACAAAAGUUAAAAAUUUUUAAUCCUCUGAAAUUUUAAGCAACCCUUAUUAGAUGUUUUGUUGAAAACAAAUAGAGACAAUACAGGUUUCCAGAAUUUGCCCUCAUUUUACUGGCAGGGGACUCUGCUCUCUUACUGAGGAAUUCCUCCUGGGUUUACAGGUUUCUUUGUCCAGUGGCUUUCAGUAAGAUACAGCCUCAGAUUUAUUGUGUAUAACAUUUGCUAGGGUAGCAUACAGCUUUUAUUCCCCGACAGCAUAAACAUUUAAAACCCUCGGUUCAGAAAGUGUUCCUGUCUGCUGCCUGUCUUUACAGGAGAUUUAAAGAUAAGGGUUCUGUGUCAUUUUGAAUUGGGCUAAUCUAGUCUUCAAGGACGUUUACUAGGAAAGACCUUUGUGCUCUAUUACUUAUGAUUUGAAGACAGAUCACCAUUUGGGAUUAGUUUUACAUGAUCAGUUAUCAAAUGGUCAGUUUGAAAUGUGUAGUAGUUCAUUAUUAACAAAUUAUGGUUUGAUUUUUAAACUACAAAGUACUGAUUGUCUAGAUGAAAACUGAAGAAAACGUCAGUGUGGUAUUUGCAUGUAGCUAGCCUUAAAGUUUCAUGUUGAUAGUUGUGAUCCCAGCCCCCACUCCCAAUCUCGGGGGAGAAAGGAGAGAGGACAUCUCUAUUCCAGAGGUGAACAAGUAAUUGUUAUUUCAACAUUCAGUAUAAUUGUUAUUGCUGUGAAAUCUUAGUUUGUCCUUCCCCUUACACAGUAGCAGUAGCUUUCUGCUGAUGGAUUUACCUAUUAGGUGCGUCGUUUCUGUGUUGCACAAAUGCUCCAUCAAAGUAUAUUCUUAAAUUUAGGUUGAACUGAUACAUUUUUUAAGACAAACACAAAAUACACAUUGGACAUUUCUACACUGUUGUGUGUGCAGGAGCCAGUGCCGUUAUGCAAGAACUUUGGCACUUGUCACGGUGCUGCAAAUUAGCUCCUUUCUUUCCUCUCCAGGAUGGCUAGUUACUGUGAUGCCUCGUUUUUACAUUGUGCUGUUCAAAGUUCUUGUUUAAACCGUCCUAGAAUCUUAACUGUUCGGUCACUAUCAAGGGAAAAGAUGAAAACAUAGUGGUACCACUGAAGUGUUACUAAAGACCUCAUUUGUGAUGGGUCUCUUAAGUUCUUUGCUUAAUCUGCCCUGUAUCCACAUACUUAAUUUGCCCUGUCAAUCAGAUGUUUGUUUUCAGCUUAUUGCUGCUGUGUCAAAUAUUUAAACAGCUGUCAUGAGUAAGGGCUUCUUUCAAAUACUCUCCAACAAUAGUUUUGGCAUUAAUAUAAAAAUAAGACAGUAUACAUGUAUAUGUAUGUUUCCAUUCCUGUCUGUAUGAGUGCCUCAUUUUGUAAUCAUGACAGUCCUAUAGUACCAUAGAUGGAAACGAAUGACUAAGGCCUAGGGGUGUCUGUUGUAGGAGUGAAAUAGAACACUUAGUGAUGUGGGGUGUCAGUUUUCUAUUACAGUAAACACCUGUACCCAGAUCAAUUUUAUGUGUAUAUAUUCAAAAAACGCUCCCUUUUUUAUGUGGUCAUUUGUUGCCUUCUGAGUUAAGAGAACAGAAUUGAAUAAAGUGGAUGUUAGUUGUA